AUGUUGCCCGGGAGAUGGAUCGGUUGCGUAAAAGUGAGGUGGGAGUCCACGGUCCCCUUCGAGCUCGGUGUCAUGAGCGUGGACGGCAUCCCGAGAGUGUCCCGGAGGCUGAGCGUCACGGUGUGCCGAUGGGGCGAGCCGCAGAUCGAGGCUCUGUUGGCCGCGCUGCGGCGCCGCGGGGCCGCGGCGGCGAGGGGCGCCGCGGGGGGCGCCGCGGCCACGCCCGCCGAGGGGCGCCAGGGCGCCGCGGAGGCGCCGCGCCCCACGGUGGCCGCCCACCGUGGGCGCCGCCUGCUGCGCCGGCGGCUUCCCGCCAAGGAGGGACGCGGUCGCGGGUCCACCCGCGAAGAAGGUGAAGGCCGAGGAGGCAGCUGUGCCGGCGCACUGGCCAGCAGGCUUCGUGCCGAACCCGAGGGCCACGGUGACCUGGCUGCCACCAGGGUGGGGAGAGCGGCGACGAGGAUGACCUCGGGUGGCAGGAUGGCCCGCUGCUACAUAGGUCCCAAGGCCGAGAUUGCCUGGAGCAAGAAGAAGGUGGAGCAGCUGGAGGGACGGACGCUGGAGGCGACAAUAGGGGGACCUGUGCGCAGGCCCCAGACGCCACUCCUGCACCUGCUGGCGAGGUCGGCAUCGCCUCUGAGGCCACUGCCGCCGUGA